GACUUCACCGACAUCGCUAGCGAUAGCGAGAGCGGCCUUUCCGACGAUCCCGCUCCAUUCGCAGGUCGAGAACUCAAAAACAAGCCAAACUCUCCACACGAGAAGUUCGCUCCCCACGACACCGACCCGUCCAAGAUCGAGGCCUCUUUUAAAAUCAAGUUGCCAGAUGGCAGCGGCUGGUUCACGCAAACUGAUAUCAUCCCAGAGCAGCGAGACUCUGCCGACGAGGAUCUCUACGAUGCGCGUGCUAGCGUCUUCUUUCCCGACCUAGAGAGCCGCAAGGUACCAAAGAAGGAUAAAGAGAAGAAGAGCGAUGUCGUAGUCCGCUGGAACAAGGUCGCUGCUUUCCGCUGGGAGCGCGACUUCAAGGGCAACCACGAGGUCUUUACUCCUAGCAUAGCUCUUCGCCGGUUCAACGCCCGUACACACGCCUAUGAGCACAUUCACAUCGGCAUCUCAAAGCUCAAAGACAUCGAUCCCAACGACAAGGUCUGGAAAGAUGCGUACAACAAGUGGAUCGACCAGAUCUCGCGGCGCUCAAACGCAGACUACGAAAAGAAGAAGACGCGGGAUCACUGGACGGCUGGCGAGAUCUGCGCCAUGUACACAGCCAUCAACGCCUUUAUCCACGACAACGGCAUCGAUGCAUACGAUACCAUGACUUCGGCGGACCUCCAAGCAAUCACCGAUGCGAUCAACGCUGUUGGUGGAAAAGCGCGCGGACUGGACGCUCUACGUGGCCAGAUCACGUCCGCUCACGAGACCAAGAACCACACCAUGUGGUAUCUCCGCGAGCACGCUCGCGACUUCCGGCUGAUGAUUGAGGGUGGCGGCGAGGUCACUGACGACGAGCGGUAUCCCGAACACAUCAUUCCCUUGUCCGAGUUUCCACUCGAGAAGCGUGUCAAUCACCGGAAGAGCGGACGGACACGUAGAACUGGGACGUACAAGAGCAAGUUCCGAUCGGUUGGCACACAGACUGAUGACGAUAAUGUUUACCGCGAUGAUGUGUACAGUGCAGCUGGCAACAACAACGCAGUAUCCACAAGUCGUUCCAAGAAGCGUAAGCGCGCUGCGCCGGCUUCUGAUAGUGAAAAGGAUGAGGAUGUG